AUGCAUUCGCACCAUUCGCAUUCGGGGGACUAUAUCGCUCAUGGAGUUGAUCCAUUGGAAGAUGUCACCAACCGGGCAAUUGAGAUGAAAUUUCAUACAUACUGCAUGACAGAGCAUAUGCCAAGAAUUAAUCCUAAGUACCUGUAUCCAGAGGAGCACUUGGAUAGAGCUGAUGAUACUGCUGCUGUUGAAAAAUUACACUCUGAUUUUGCGAAGUUCUUAGAUCAUGCACAAAAGAUCAAGAGUCGAGAAAACUCGGCUGGCACCACAUUCUUGAUUGGGGUAGAGAUAGAGGGUUGCGAUCAGGAACAUAUUGAGUACGCUAGAAAGCUACUGGAAGAAAAGCGUGGAAUAGUACAGUUUUCUGUCGGAUCUAUUCAUCAUGUUGAUGGAAUACCGAUUGAUUUUGAUCAGGACGCUUGGAACCGUGCUCUUGCAACGUCUCAGAAUAAUCUGAAAAAAUUACUCCUUUCUUACUUUGAUUUACAGUACUGUAUGUUGAUGAGGUUGCAGCCGCUCGUUGUGGGCCAUUUCGAUCUUUACAAGUUAUAUCUCCCCAAAGAUCUCAAGGUGGAUCUCGAGACUGGCUACUGUGUCGAAAAUGGUACCUCUAUAUCGAAUUUGUCGCUAAUCAAACAGUGGAAGCAAGUUCAGGAUUCUGUGAUUAGGAAUUUGAAAUAUAUCGAAUCAUAUGGCGGUGCCAUAGAGAUAAACACCUCAGCGUUACGUAAGAAACUUCCAGAGCCAUAUCCUGGUAAGGAUAUUGGACUUCUAGCCAAAGAGUAUGCCGGUGGCAGGUUUGUUCUUAGUGAUGACGCACAUGCCGUUUCCCAGGUGGGUGUGUGUUACGAUGAAGCAUUGAAAUAUAUUGUUGAAGAUUUGAAACUGGACAAAAUGUACUACAUAACUGAGGGCCCAAUUGAUAGAGCAGUGAAACUUGAAUCGAUUCCAAUCGAACAGUUCAAGUCUCAUGCGUUUUGGAGCACUAAUUUUUCCAAAAAAGCGUUAUAA